UGCGUUUGCCGGCCUUGCGAGAGGCCGGGACGGCGCCUGCUCGCGGGAGGGGCGGGGGCUGCCGGGAAGCGGUGGGAAGCCAGGCCGGCUGCUCCCUGCCGAGGCUGGCUGUGGCGGCCGGUGGGGGAGUUGUUGCCUCACCGCUCUGCCGCGUUUGCGACAAGAAAGGGAAGCCCUUCCCGGGGUUAAAUCACCCUUGGCUCUCUGCUGGAGGAGCUCAUGGGGGUCACCACUGAGGAGGCCCUACUGGGACUCGGCGCCGGCUCCAUCUCGGCCUUCAAAGAUAGGUCCUGACGAGGAACCGGCACAUUUCCCUGUGAAGUUAUGUGUGUGAGCUGCUGAAGACAUACUCAGUUUGCCCCAUAAAUGUGUGAUGCCUGAGGUCAAAGCAGUGGUGUAAAAUGGCUAAGAGAGUGGCAGAGAAAGAGUUGACGGACAGGAACUGGGAUCAAGAAGAAGAAACAGAGGAGGUAAAAGAUAUGGGAACUUUCUCAGUGGCCAGUGAAGAGGUUUUGAAGAAUCGAGCAAUUAAGAAGGCAAAACGUAGAAAUGUGGGAUUAGAGUCUGACAGCGGAGGAGCUUUUAAAGGUUUUAAAGGUUUUGUUCUGCCUUCCGGAGGUGCUGGGUUUUCUGGCUUCGGCAACGGCACUGGAACAAAGCCCUUAGUGCUAUCCAACGGUAGCAGCAGCGUUACGAACACUUCUUCAUACAUCGGUUUAAAGCCAGCUACUGAAACACAAACUACGUUAACCAGCCCUGUGGUAUCCAGUGGCUCAAUAAAUACAUCAGUGGUUGAGAAGAAACCUGCCAGCCUAGAAACGAAUGGCGAGAGUCAGCAGCCGCCGUCCUCGGGAUCCACUCAGAGGCCGGUGGGCAGCUCUGACGUUUACCACAAACAGCUGGCCGCUCUCAACUGUUCUGUGCGUGACUGGAUAGUGAAGCAUGUUAAUGCCAAUCCACUCUGCGACUUGACACCAAUCUUCAGAGACUAUGAGAAAUACCUCGCUGAGAUAGAGCAGCGUGGGAUCAGUAGUGACAGUGGCUCGGAGAGCGACGGCACCAAGGCAGCUGGAAGUCAGCCUAGUGCUGCGUUUGGCAGUUCGAACCUUCAACAAGGCUCACCGUUUUUCUUUAGCAGCAAAAAGUCUGAGGAUUUGCCUGGGAAAAGUACGGAACUGGAAAAGAAACCAGAACCAAAACUAGGGUCAAAGUCCGCGGUCACGUUUACUUUCGGCAAGAGCGUCGACAGCUCUGCUCUGAAUUCUAGUGCAUUGCCUAAAUUCUCAUUCUCUUCUGGAAGUGCGAGUUUAUUUGGGAAAGAUGCUAGUCAGGGCAGCGUUCCUUCAUUUUCUAAGAAGGCGUCAGAUACACGGAUGGAAAGUGCCAGCAAUGAAGAUAAAGGAGGUGAAGAGGAGGAGGAGGAGCCACCGAAAGUUGUUAUUAAUGAAGUAAAGGAGGAUGACGCCUUCUACUCAAAAAAAUGCAAACUCUUCUACAAGAAAGACAACGAAUUUAAAGAGAAAGGUGUGGGAACAUUACACUUAAAGGCUGCGGCAAAUCAGAAGACUCUAGCCAAGCUGAAGGGUGUACUGAAAGGCAGACAAAUUCCAAUUUAGGCAACGUCCUGCUCAACAUUUUGGUGCCCCCGAACAUGCCGUGCUCAAGAACAGGGAAGAACAAUGUCCUUAUUGUCUGCAUUCCAAACCCGCCCAUCGAUGAGAAGAACGCCACCGUUCCGGUCCCGAUACUGAUCCGGGUCAAAACGAGCGAGGAUGCCGACGAACUGCACAAAAUCCUGACGGAAGAAAAGGAGGCCUGAAGGUGCGGGAUGCUGGGAGAAGAACUUGCCAAACGGCUGCUGCUCACUUUUUACCCCCCUUGACUUUUUUAACUAGGCGUUUUACUCACUACUCUUACAUUCUGAGAGCUGGCAUAGGAAGCCUGGCGACAGCAGGAGGAAUCAUGGAGGCCAAUAAAAGCUUUAACUCGACACGUGUCCGUUGGUCCUCCCUUCUAGUUCGAAGCUCCCCGGUGCAUGAGCCUUACUUGAAUAAAGCAUAUCAAAGAAUAAAACAGUCACGAAUAUAUGAAACAGGAAAAAAAAACUCCUGCCUACACAGAAGUGCUCUAAAAGCUAGAUGUCAGAAAUGCAGUUGAGGACGAUUGGAGGGGCCGAGGGGGUAGCUGUGCACCCACUGUAGAAACUUGCUUCCAAAUUUGGACUGUGACACCUCUCUGGAGUACAGUUGCGAUUUGAUUUUGUUGAGAUAACUUGAUCCAACACAGAGCGGUGUAAUUGGACAUCCCAGGAAUAUCCUUUGAUUUUUAAGGUUGCAUUUGGGGAUUGAGGUUGCUUUUCAGUGGACUUUGGUUGCAUGUUGACUUUGGUGUCCUUCACUAGAAAUUGCCCUUCCACGGUGCUGCUUGUCGCUGUGGUGGCCCAGCCAUCACCUGUAGGCGUAUCACAGGGAUUCUCGGGGGAGAGGAGGCUAGGGGUGGAGAUCCCCUUUUUCCUCAUUCCCUGGAGUGUUAAGGGAGAACAUACUCUGAAUACGGUCAUUCCAAUGCAAACAGAGCCAGCAUGGUGUGCUGGUUAAAAGCGGCAGACUGUAAUCUGGAGAACCAGGUUCGAUUCCCCACUCCUCCACAUGAUGCAUGCUGGGUAAUAUUGGGCCAGUCACAGUUCUCUCAGCCCACAGGGGGGCGAGCAACAGCAUACCACCUCCAAACAUCACCUCCGGCCCCUACUGGGUCACUUAUAAGUUAGCUGUGACUUGAUAGCACACACACGCGAUGCAGGCUGUUUUGCCUGGUGCCUGAACUUGGAGCAUUUUGCAAAGUGCUGCUUAAAUGAGCCCUGAUCCAAUGUACUGUUAGCGUCCCGUGACAAGGUUUGGGCUCGCACAAUCUCCUGUAACGGCAGAAGCUGUGUGUGUGUAACAGGGUCAGUAGUUGAUCAGCUGUUCAAGUUGGCACCGUGUUAAUAUUGUAACAACUGCAAACGAACAGACCUUUCAGUGGGGGCUUGCGUCGCUGAACUUCUCGCUGGAUUGUGCCCUUAAUGCAAGAUGGGUGUGGAACCAGAAUUGCUGAUUUGCAUGUGUAAGUGGGUAUGCGUAUAUAUAUAUAUAAAACGGUGUUGCUGGAAGAAAGGUUGAGUGGCCAAGGGCUUCCAUACGUGGGUCACUCUUGUUGAUUAGAAAUGGGGUCUGGAAAACCUCCGUGAGUCUGUUUACUGCAAGUGGCUGGAUAUUUGGGGGAGGGGGUUGGACAAAUGUACUUAAGUGGGUAACCAGUUGAAUUCUGAUCACUUUUAGCAUCAUUUAUACAACCGGACUUAAUAGUGCAGGAAUGUAUUAGCUCGCAUCUGUGUGUUUUCUAAGGAGCAGAAGUGUAUGUAUGUAAAACAGUUCUUCAGUGAAAGACAGUUCGUUUUCUUAAGUAUCCUUCGUAUGGCUGUGUGUUCUGUGACGCUGUUUCUGAAAGAAAUCCAGCCUGUGUCUGUUCUUUCUAAUUUGAUGAGCGGUCUUAAAAGUUUUUGCAAGAAUUGUUAACUGUUAACGCAUACUUGAGGAUGUCCAGGUGAGGGGUGUUAAUGCUGUUUUUCUGGAAAAUUUAAUCUCUGCAAUGCACAUUGCAGCUACCCAAACCAUUUCAUUAAUUAUAUUUAGGGAAAUUGGUCACUGUCAAACCAUGCAAAUGCCAGAUUUCAGUGGGUAUACCAAA